AUGACCGGUCGUUUCCCUGUAGCCUUAGUGGCCGUGGCUGUGCUAGUGGCGUGGGCACAGCUCCGGCCGCCGCCGACGGUGGCGGCCACGGCGGACCAACAAGGGGGGCAUGAAGCAGAUCGCAUCGUCCGGCUGCCCGGGCAGCCCGACGACGUGGACUUCCCCAUGUACUCAGGGUACGUCACCGUCAACCAUCACGCAGGCCGAGCACUGUUCUAUUGGCUUCAGGAGGUGCCUCCGGAGGCUCAGCCAGCACCGCUCGUGCUGUGGCUGAACGGCGGGCCCGGGUGCUCGUCGGUGGCCUACGGCGCUUCCGAGGAGCUGGGCGCGUUCCGCAUCCGGCCGGACGGCGCGACGCUCUUCCUCAACAGGUACCGGUGGAACAGAGGGCACUACGUGCCGCAGCUGUCCCAGAUUGUGUACCGGAAGAACAAAGGCGUGGAGAAACCGAUUAUCAACUUCAAAGGCUUCAUGGUCGGGAACGCGGUGACGGACGACUACCACGACCAAGUGGGCACGUUCGAGUCAUGGUGGAACCACGGGCUCAUCUCCGACGCCACGUACCGGUUGCUGGAUGCCACCUGCGUGCACGACGAAAUCGAGCAUGCGUCGCCGCCGUGCAACGCCGCCUACGACAGAGCAACGGCGGAGCAGGGCGACAUCGACCCCUACAGCAUCUACACGCCCACAUGCAAUGAGACAUCGUCGUCGUCGUCGUCCACGCCGAGGAGGAUCCGGAGGCUCAAGGGCCGCUACAGGGGCGGAUCGUCUUAUGACCCGUGCACCGAAAGGCACUCCACGGUAUAUUACAACCGCCCGGAGGUGCAACGGGCUCUCCACGCCAACGUCACCGGCAUAAACUACACAUGGGCCACCUGCAGUGACACCAUCAACAACAACUGGGGAGAUUCACCAAAGACCAUGCUUCAUAUCUACAAGGAACUUAUUGCAGCUGGACUCAGAAUAUGGGUCUUCAGUGGGGACACGGACUCGGUAGUCCCCUUGACAGCAACAAGAUACUCCAUUGAUGCUUUGGACCUUCCCACUGUCGUUAGUUGGUAUCCUUGGUAUGACGACAUCAAGGAGGUUGGUGGAUGGAGCCAAGUGUACAAGGGACUGACCUUGGUGACUGUCCGAGGGGCAGGGCACGAGGUUCCGCUCCACCGCCCGAGACAGGCGCUCAUACUGUUUCAACACUUCUUGCAUGGGAAACCUAUGCCUAAGAAUGGAACCGCUGUAUAA